CGCUAAAAGUUGACCAAACUAAGCUUCCCUUCUUUUGUUAACUGAUGCUAAAUGCUAAUGCUUGGCUACUAUUCUUCCAAUGCUUGGCUCCUACUUGCAUGAGAUGUGUAGGUGCUAUAUUAUAUUUAUAUAUACAUAUACAUAUACACCUUCAACUUCAAUCAUAUACUCUCGCCCCGCUCGCCCACCUCCUUUUAUUGACUUAUUUUUCUACUCCUACACAUUACUCCUCUCUCUCAAUUCUCAUCUAUCUAUAUAUGAAAACCAAAAGCAGGUAACAUCAACUUCUUGCUUUCUUCUUUUGGUUGCAACCGCUCUGUAUAUGUAUUAUCUAUUAUCUAUAUCCUUUUCCGAUUCCAGAUUCAAUAGGGUACGUGUUAUAUUAGGAUGGGCAGGAAAUUCAUGAAUCUCCAAAUGAUUCCGUGGUGCCUUCAGCUAAUGGGGAACCACAUAUCCUGCGUGCAUAUCAGGCCAGAGCCACCUGCUGGGACUGUGAAGCUCAUAAAAUCGGACGGGCUCGUCAAGAUCUACGACAGACCCAUCCAUGUCUCUGAGCUACUGCACGAGUAUCCUAAGCACCUCGUAUGCCGCUCCGAUUCUUUCUACAUUGGCCAGAAGAUUCCAGCUCUUUCUGAGAACGACCAGCUUCAACUGGGUCACAAGUACUUUCUCCUGCCUAAACAUUGUUUCCAGUCUGUCUUAUCUUUUGUCACCAUCGCUUCUUUCGUCACCACCUCCCAGCCACAGCUGCCCCACUCCUCCACCAGCACCCCCCGUGAUUCAACAAACGCUCUUCUAAAGAAAGCUGCCACUUGCCGAGCCUUCGACAUCCAAAAAUCUCCAUCUGGGUGCCUUAGAAUACGUGUCUCCGAUGAGUUUAUUUCUCAGUUGUUGGAAGAAGGCAAAAUGGAGGAGGAUGAUCGUAAAAUCACGAGUAGAGUAUGCACCACUCCUCAGUUACAAAAAGAUUACGGUUUGCUUGUUAGGUCACGGCAAUGGAAACCUAAACUAGAGACCAUUAGAGAGAAGGAGAAGAGGAAGCUUUCUAAUUCAUUUGGUAUGAAGAGAAGGAAGAAAUCUCUGUCGUCUUCUAAAGGGACGACACAAAAGGCCAACAAAUCUUCAGAAUACCGCCUUCACCCGACAUCCACCUCCAAGCCCUCUUCGAAAUCCAAGUCCAAGAUCAAGAUGAAGAUGAAAUUAAGAAAAUGAGCAUUUCUGUGGGUAGGACUAGUCUCUUUUUCAUUUACAUAAAAAUACUUUUUUUUUUUUUUUCUUUUGGUCUCAGUAAUGAUAUGGGGUUAAUUGGCAUGUGAUCCCUGAUGUACGUAAAUACUUUGUAAAACAGCUUGAUCAUAGUUCACUUAAAUUCAAAUGACAAAAACUAAAGAAAGGAAGGAAACCCAACAGCAAUCUGUUCAUUCUCACUUCA